GGGCGCUCCCCGCUGGCUUCCGGCGGCGGGCGGAAGCGGCGGUGCCAUGGAGGGGUGAGGGCGUGACCGGCCGGAGGAGCGACCGCCGCCCGCAGCGCCAUGGAGGCGGUGCAGCUGCGGAACCCGCGCCGGCAGCUGAAGAAGUUGGAUGAAGAUAGUUUAACCAAACAACCUGAAGAAGUAUUUGACGUGUUAGAGAAGCUUGGAGAAGGUUCCUAUGGCAGCGUGUUCAAAGCUAUUCAUAAAGAAACGGGUCAAAUUGUUGCAAUUAAGCAAGUUCCUGUGGAAUCUGACCUGCAAGAGAUCAUAAAGGAAAUAUCCAUAAUGCAGCAAUGUGACAGUCCUCAUGUGGUGAAAUAUUAUGGCAGCUAUUUUAAGAACACGGACCUGUGGAUAGUCAUGGAAUACUGCGGCGCUGGAUCUGUGUCUGAUAUUAUUCGAUUACGAAACAAAACCCUCACAGAGGAGGAAAUUGCUACAAUAGUGCAAUCAACACUGAAAGGACUAGAGUACCUGCAUUUUAUGAGGAAAAUACACAGGGACAUCAAAGCUGGAAAUAUAUUGCUAAAUACAGAGGGACAUGCUAAACUUGCAGAUUUUGGCGUGGCAGGACAACUUACAGACACCAUGGCAAAGCGGAACACAGUUAUAGGCACCCCAUUUUGGAUGGCUCCAGAAGUGAUUCAAGAAAUAGGGUAUAAUUGUGUUGCAGACAUCUGGUCUCUGGGAAUCACUGCAAUAGAAAUGGCUGAAGGCAAGCCACCAUAUGCAGAUAUUCAUCCUAUGAGGGCAAUUUUCAUGAUUCCCACCAAUCCACCUCCAACAUUCCGGAAACCAGAGCUCUGGUCAGACAAUUUUACAGACUUUGUAAAGCAGUGUCUUGUCAAGAGCCCAGAGCAGCGUGCCACUGCAACCCAGCUUCUGCAGCAUCCUUUUGUUAAAAGUGCCAAGGGAGUGUCAAUUCUGCGAGACUUAAUAAAUGAAGCAAUGGAUAUCAAGCUGAAACGUCAAGAGGCACAACAGCGUGAACUGGAUCAAGAUGAUGAAGAAAAUUCAGAAGAAGAUGAAACUGAUUCAGGUACCAUGGUGAGGGCAAGUGGAGAUGAAACUGGUACCAUAAGAGCUGUCAACACCAUGACUGAUGGAGCCAACACAAUGAUAGAACAUGAUGGCACCUUGGAAUCCCAGCUGGGCACAAUGGUCAUAAACACUGAAGAGGAAGAAGAGGAGGGCACCAUGAAAAGGAGAGAUGAAACGAUGCAGCCAGCCAGACCCUCAUUCCUGGAAUAUUUUGAGCAGAAGGAGAAGGAGAAUCAAAUCAAUAGCUUUGGGAAGAAUGUGUCUGGCCAGACAAAGAAUUCAUCUGAUUGGAAAGUACCACAGGAUGGAGACUACGAAUUUCUGAAGACUUGGAGUGUUGAUGAACUUCAGAGGAGGCUCUCAGCCCUGGACCCCAUGAUGGAGCAGGAGAUUGAAGAGAUUCGCCAGAAGUACCAGUCGAAGCGGCAGCCGAUCCUUGACGCCAUUGAAGCCAAGAAGCGGCGGCAGCAGAACUUCUGAGCCACCAGUAGAAUAUUCCUCCAUCCUCAAACAAUCAGCCUCUUGCUUUUAUGACUACUAAACAGAUUGAUUUCUAUUGAAAUACGCUAGCAAAAAAUAGAGGGCAAUACUUCUGCUCAUUUAUUUUUCCAUAGCACCUUUUGUGAACUCAGGAAUGCCAUUAAGUGGAAAAUCCUGAUGGUAUGUUUUAAUGUUAGACAUAUAUUUAAAACAUUAUUCCGAAGGAGUUUUGUUACUGUUUUUAGGGGGGGUUGUUUUUAAAUGGGAGGAACAGGUAGAAAUAGGCUAAUGGAAGUUGGCUCGCUCUCUUUUCAGCUGAACUUUCAGUAGUCCAUUCUGGUUUUAAGUUAAUAUGGAUUGUGGUAUUUAACGGCUGCAUCUUUUGUGGGGGUUUUGUUUGGUUGUUUUUCUUUGUGAAUGCACAGACUCAAUUUCAAGCUCUUAGCUGUAACUUUCUACUGUUAAGGUACUGAUGAGUUUUAGGUCACCGGAGAGAGCGGGUGAGAACACGUUCAAACUGUUCCAGCCUUUUGAAAGAAACUGAAAUCUCAUUUUAAAAGCCUGUAAUAAGCCCCAUGCCUUACACUGUGUGCUUUAAGCAAGUGUGGUUUCUUCAAGACCUCAGUUUUGUCCUCUUUUUGUGUACAUUAUGAAUUGAUACGAGUAGAUAAAGCAUGUUGUGCCUCCAUCAGAAAUUGCAUUCUGCAAUUUAAAAUCCACACCGACUUAAAACCAAAAGCCAGUUGGUGAUCUCAUUCCCCCUCAUCUGUCUGCUUGGAAAUGUCCUUCAGGGAGACCCUGCUGACGGUGGAGUGUUGGGAAAAGGAAGCAGUAUUGGAAUGGGUGGAAGUUGUGUGAACCUCUCUCAGGAAUUAGGUACUUCUGCUGUGUCUGAGAGGACUUAAAAAUCUCCACAGUUUGUGAAACGUUUUGUAGGCUUCAUUUUGGAUUUACAUCUUUAGGUGCUGGAAUAAAAACUUAAUUUCACAAUCCUUCACAUUUCUGCAGGGUUUAGCACAUCAGAAAAGUUGAACUGGAAGUGAAGACUUUGUUGAAUUAACAAAGAUGUGCAUUUAUGGUGGUGGAGAGAAGGCGGAGUUGAUCUGGAUGAGAAGACAAUUACUGAUGCCCUACUGGGAGAGAUUGUAUCUCUUAUCUUCCAGUUCCUCUGGACGAUCUUGUGUUCUUUCUUCAAAUUUCCCUGAUGUUCCUGCCUGGUAUAGCUCAAUCAGUGAACAUGCCCCAGCGUGUACAAUCGCUGUGAGGGUGGUGCAAUUAACUCACACCAGAAGAGUGGAGAGUGAAA